UCGUCUUCCCCUUUCAGCCAUGCUUGGGUCGAGAGCUCUGUUCUGCGGAAGAAUCUGGAAUCAUUCUCUGUUUCCGAAACGUUCUGGAAACUUCCGAGCGAGUUUCAGAACGAAACGGGUCGGGACGCAUAAUGGAACAUUCCAUUGCGACGAAACCUUAGCUUGCUUCAUGCUUCGUCUCUCCUCCAGAUUCUCUGGUGCCCAGAUCGUCCGUACCAGAGAUCAUCAGGUAUUGGAGAAGCUUGAUGCGGCUCUUGAUGUUGGUGGUGUGUAUGAUCCUGAGAGUGAACGUUAUGACCAUCACCAGAAAGGCUUCACUGAAGUGUUUGGACAUGGGUUUAAUACUAAACUCAGUAGUGCAGGGCUUAUCUAUAAGCACUAUGGCUUGGAGAUAAUUGCUAAGGAGCUUCAGCUUGAUCAGAAGCAUACUGAUGUGCAGCGAUUGUUUCUAGCUGUGUACAAAAACUUCAUUGAGGCAGUAGAUGCUAUUGACAACGGUAUCCAUCAAUAUGAUACCGACCAGCCCCCAAGAUAUGUAAACAACACAAGCCUGGCGCAUAGGAUUGGAAGGUUGAACUUAGACUGGAUUGAGCCUGAUCAGUCUAGUAGCAAAGAAGAUGAAGCCUUUCAUCGAGCAAUGGAACUUGCUGGCUCUGAGUUCUUACAGUGUGUUCAUUUUCACGCAAAAUCAUGGUUACCAGCUCGGUCAAUUGUUAUGGAGUGUCUUGCAGAACGUCAUGAUGUAGACUCCAGCGGAGAAAUCAUGAAGCUCAACAAACAAUGCCCAUGGAAACUCCAUAUAUUCGAGCUCGAGGAAGAAAUGAAGAUUGAUCCUCCCAUAAAAUAUGUCCUUUACCAAGAUGAUAGAAGCGAAAAUUGGAGAAUCCAGGCGGUUUCGGUUUCACCGGACAAGUUUGAGAGCCGUAAAGCUUUGCCAAUUUCAUGGAGAGGUCUUGAAAAGGAGAAGCUCUCAGAGGAAAGUUCAAUUCCGGGAUGUGUGUUUGUGCAUAUGAGUGGUUUCAUUGGUGCAAACCGGAGCUAUGAAGGUGCCUUGGCAAUGGCAAAAGCCUCUUUGGUUGCUUAGUUUCCAUGUAUAACCCAACCCAAAGAUGAGUUCUGGUUCUUUGGUUUGAACCGGUCUACAAACAUACGAUUAGAAUCUCAGAGGUUGUAGCUAAAAUCUAAGUAACACGAUACAUUUUUUUUUGACAGACUUAAAUUACUAUAAAACAAAUUGUGAAAAUGUUCAUGUUUCACCAAUU